UAUCAUCACAGUUGAAAAACAAACGUUAGUAAACAUGUUUAUUGUUCAUUUAUUUUAUAUAUCGAUGAAAAGACACAUGAAUUUAAAAUAAAGUGUAGAAGAGAUUUAUGAAGGAUAUAAUAUCAAGUAUGAAAUGCUGCGCAAUUAAAAUAGUGAUUUUACUUUGGUGUAUGAAACAUGUAGAGAAUGGAUUUUUCUUUGGCUCUAGUCUAUUGGAUUGGGAGUCGGCACGUAUCGACUGUGAGCGAAGGGGAAUGCGAUUAGUAUGCCUGAAGAACCUUACCAUGUAUGAAGCUGCCAAGUCCUACCUACAAGAAACACUGGUCAGUUUAUCUGAUGACGUGUGGAUAGGACUCCGCACAUACUCCACCUCUCCACCUUAUGUCUACCAACAUGUUGACAACGAGUCUGCUGAUUUUUUCGCAUGGAACCCCAAUACUAACGAGCCCGAUAACCAGGACGUGUCUUUUUGCAUCAGACUGUUUAAAACUCCACUGACCUACGGGACGAAGAGAUGUUAUUUUGAACAUCACUUCUUAUGCGAAGAUGUGCCCAUAAAUGGCAAUUGGUCGGAAUGGACCACGUGGUCUGCUUGCAGUGUCACCUCUGGUGACGGAUCUCAGUCUCGAUUUCGAUCCUGUGAUUCUCCACCCCCGUCUAACGGCGGCACUGAUUGCAUGGGAGUAAAUACCGAGGACAAAUUUUGUAAUAUUGUCGUUCCAGUUGACGGAGUUUGGUCAGCAUGGAGUGAAUGGUCGAACUGCAAACUUGUCCAGUGUGGGGUUGGAAAUCGAACGCGCUCCAGGUCAUGUGACUCUCCUCCGCCGUCAGGUGGCGGAAAAGAUUGUGAAGGGGAGCCAGAGGGGAGCGAGGGAUGUGAUACACUGGUCUGUUCAUCAGAAGAAUAUUUUACAUGUGUUUCUUUCAAAGAAGAUACUUCGGUUUCUCUGGGGGAAAAAAUGGAUAAUAUCACCAAAACAUUGGCUGUGAAUAAGAGCAUCCUUUCGUCGGAAGUUCGCAAAAAGACAUGCGCACAGGACCCGCGACCGUCAUCGAAGUACUUGGGAUUAGUGGCCAUUAUAUUUCUUGGAAUGUACUUUAUACUGCUCCUGCUUGUCGACUUUUCUUCAUUUCUGAGAUGGGCUGUUGAAAAAUGCGGAGCGUAAUACAAAUGCUGUCAAAAGUCCUCUCUACAGUUCCUAGCUAUUAAACUUUUGACAUUCUCCUUAUUUCUGAAGAACUAAUAUUGUUCAAUAUGAAGUUAAAAAUACCAAGCUCUCCACCAUUGUACAUAUCACAGU